AUGAGGAGUGAUGUGUUUGUUGCCUGCAGAGAUGGAGAUCGCAGCAGUAUUCAAAUAUUUUAUUGGGAGAACCCUGGGCUUCUGCAAGAGCUUGCAUUUGAAGAAAACACUAUUCUCCACAUCGCUGCAAUGGAAGGGCACAGUGAAAUUGUUUCAUGGGUUCUUACCUACUUGAGUGGUUACUGUUUUUUGACUAAAUCUCGCAAUGCUGAUAAAAAUACGGCAUUGCAUGAGGGUGCUAAGGGAGGGAAUGCGGAGGUAGUAAGAACUCUGCUUGCCUACAAGAAGUCUGCUGCCUCUAAACGUAAUCAGUUUGGAGAAACGGCUCUGGUUAUAGCAUCUGACAACGGUCAUGUGGAAGCAGUGAGGCUUUUGAUGGAAGCCACUCCAUGGUUUAUGACUUUAUGGCCAAGGAAUGACCACCAAACUUGCCUUCACGUUGCAGCUUAUGAAGGCUAUCUAGAUGUAGUGAAGUUGAUAUUAGGGAGGUUCAGUUAUUGGGAUGUAGUACAUCUUGUAUGUCUUGUUCAUGAUGUGCAUGGUGCAACUUCAUUCCAUAUCGCUGUUCAUGGAAGACAUCCAGAUAUUGUUAAUGAAAUAAUGAAAACAAACUUGAAAUCAUGGUGGUGUAGGCAUUGGUUUGACAACAAUCUGAUGAUUAAAAAGGAUGAGCUUGGUAGAUGUCCAAUUCAUGUCGCAAUCAUGAAAGGCUGUUUGGAGAUAGUUGAGAGAUUUAUAUUUGUAAUGCCAGAUUGUGUAGAAAUUCGUAGUGGAGAUCUUAAAACUCCCCUACAUUUUGCAGUGGAGUAUAAUAAAAGUGAUUUGGUAGAGAAACUCCUCUCUCCUCUCAGUCCCACAAAAGUUGCGAAAUUGGUGAGCUGUGACCAUGACAUUUUUGGCAAUACCACUCUACAUUUGGCAGCUAAAAAAGGAGUGGACCAUCAGGUGGAUGCUGUAAACAAUGAAGGCCAAAGUGCACUCAACAUAGCUGGUCGUCUUCAAAGUGAUAAAAAUCCCAAUUUUAGUAGGAUUGAAAGGAUUCUAAGUCAUAGUUUCAUAUGGCAUUCUAAAGCUCUUAGGCAACAGGAUCAACAUAGAAGCCAAAACAACAACAAUGAGGAUACAGUAAUGCCAAUGGACACAUUAGUGGCAUCUUUAGUUGCCUCAAUCACAUUUGUUGGUGCUACUGAUGCUACUGAUGGGAUUAUUGGUGUUGUUGAUGUUGCUGAUGGCUUUGAUGCUACUAAUGGGAUUAUCAGUUUUAUUGGUGCAGAUGGUGUUUUUGAUGUCACGGAGAUAAUUAAGAAUGGCCUCUUUGGAGUAACUGGCUGA